AUGGUCAAAGCUGUUGCCGUCGUCCGUGGAGACUCCACUGUGAGUGGAACUGUCACCUUCACCCAGGAGAACGAAAACUCUCCUACAAUUAUUACCUAUGAGAUCUCUGGCAACGAUCCAAAUGCUCUGCGUGGAAUGCACAUUCACGAAUUUGGUGACAACACCAACGGAUGCACGUCUGCAGGACCCCACUUCAACCCAUUCGGGAAGAACCACGGCGCGCCAGAAGAUGAAGAGAGACAUGUUGGUGAUUUGGGAAACAUCGAGACCAACGCUCAGGGUACCGCCCAUGGAACCAUUGAGGACAAACACAUCAAAUUGAUCGGGCCCCAUAGCAUUGUGGGACGCACCGUCGUUGUCCACGGCGGUACUGAUGACCUUGGCAAGGGAGGACACCCAGAGUCUUUGAAGACUGGUAACGCUGGUCCCCGCCCGGCCUGUGGUGUUAUCGGAAUUUCUGCCUAA